CGUAACAUAAUGUUCUAAAGAAGGAACGGCAAGGCCUGUGUCAUUCCUGGACCAGCUUACUGAAAUACAAUCACUGUCCCAUCUACCUGUACUACUACAACUCAUAAAUCAUCAGCGCCUACCGACAAUCUAUUUCAUCUACCCAUUCCGUCUAUUUAUGAGAAGUUUCCAUUUUUCACCCAAAGGUAAUUCGUGAACAAUUAAUUACUUUCGUACUAAGCACCCAGCACAAACAAAGUCAUUUGUCCGCUGAUCUCAUUUCCCUAGCAGUAGAACGGUAACCACCGGAACAGAACGGUUAAAAGUGAAGCGAUGAAUUUCCACAACACCAUCCGUCCGAUAUUGGUCAUAUUUUUGCUAUUUGGACAAUUUCCACUGUACGGUGUCCUGACCCGUAAACCACUUCGCUGGCACUUUCGAUGGUGUUCGCUUCAAACAGUGCUCUCGUUAGGACUGAUACACGUGGGACUGUUCCUGUGUUUCGUGGAGUAUGACCGCCUCAAGGCAAUAGGUGUCAAUGCGGACAACCUGAUUGGACCGCUGUUCUAUUUGGAUGUGAUCAUCAUCAUGCUACUGCUGCUUCGUGUGGCCUAUCGGUGGCCAACCGUCGUUCCGAAAUGGGAACAGAUAGAGUCGCUCGAGGUGAUGCAGUACAAUGCACGCCAACAAAACGCACGAUCGUGUCGUAGAAUCCGUGCAAUAGCGUUGCUACUAAUCGUAUUGGGAUUCGGUAUGAAAGUAAGAAAGGAAGGAAGAACACAUUUAUAUUAAAAUUUAUUGUACAACGCAAUUGGAUUGGUUGUAGCGGAACAUAUGCUGUCGAUCGGGAAAACCGUGAACGCGAGAGUGUAUGAAGCACGCACCUGCCACUGGAACUACAGCAAUCUUCCGGAGUACUACGCCUUGCGCACUUACGGGUUCUUUUUCCGAAGAGUAUCAUACAACUUUCCAUCCUUUAUAUUUUUAGAGGUAAAUAAAUAAAUUUUCCAAAAUGACA